GCCAUUUUUGAUUGAAAUGCGUUCGGCACGGAAAAGUUCUUCUGUAUCUGUGACAUUUGCUGGCGAUGACGAUGUUGUCAAACACAUUAUUUCGCAAGAAAGUAAAACACAUGCUCGACAUUACCGAGAAACACUCACAUAUUCGACAAAGACCUGUUCACCCAAGUCGAAGAAAGGCGAUGUUGUUGAGGACAGCAGCGAUGAAGAUGAUCCAGUGAUGGGGCAGUCGGAAGCGCUGGCAGUUAGCGGCGUGGGUGACGGUGUGUUUCUUGGCUGUGACGUUUUCAAGUUCAAAACUCCAAAGAAGUCGGGCAUGAUGGCAUUGAAAGCUGAUGAAUGCAGAACACCAACUCGAAGACACACAAGGGAGACAACUCCAUCAAAGAGUGUUUCCAAGAGCAAAACAGCAAGUGGGAAAAAAGUGAAAACAUCACAAGUUUCUGAACCGAAGAGUAAGCAACAAGAGGAGACAAGUCCAUUAAGAAGAUCCCAGAGAAGACCAGAAACCACCACACCUUACCGGUUACGGAAACGAAAUGCUUCAGAUGACGAACUGUCCGACAGCGAUGAGGAUUCGACAGACUCCGAGAGUGACGAAGAGAGCAACACACCACAGACUCCGUCAAGAAGAAAGAAACCCGUCAAAGAUUUUGAAGAUACGACCAACGCAGAAGACUAUUUCGAUCUCCAUUCUGGGACUGGUCGCACUUCAGAAAACACCCUGUCCAAACUGAAGACACCGAAGAUGGAACAGGAAUCGCUGAACAAAUUGUUGAGAAAUGUAGCGACGGGGCACAAAAAAGAGUUUCAAGAACUCCUCUUAGAAAACACGGCCCUCUUUCCAAACUGGAUGUAUCACAUGUGCAGUGGCUUUAACAUUCUGCUGUAUGGUCUUGGUUCCAAGAGAGGAUUUCUUGAAGAGUUUCGCAAGACGUUCCUCAGAGAUUACUCUCACGUGGUUGUCAACGGUUACUUCCCCAGUCUGACUAUCAAACAUAUUUUCGGCUGUAUUAUCGAUGAAAUACUCGAGUGUGAUGGAAGUCAUAGAAACCCAGCUGACCAGUACGAACUGAUACGUAAACACUUUGAAGAAGGAUACUAUGAAGAUUUCUUUCUGAUACUUCACAACAUUGAUGGAGCCACAUUGCGUGGCGAAAAGACGCAGAACUUGCUCAGUCUUUUAGCCAGCAUCAGGGGCAUACACAUCAUUGCUUCUGUUGACCACAUAAAUGCACCUCUUGUUUGGGACAACGCGAAAUGCAGUCGGUUCAACUGGGUGUGGUAUGAUGUGACGAACUUCACCCCGUACACGUCUGAAACAUCGUACGAGAACUCGCUGCUUGUGCAACAGACAGGCGCGCUCGCUCUGAGCUCGCUGACCCACGUCAUGAGAAGUCUGACGCCAAACGCAAAGGGCAUCUUCAUGUUGCUCGUCAGAUACCAGCUGGAGAACAAAGACAACCCAUUAUACAUAGGAAUGUCGUUCACUGACCUGUACCAGCGAUGUGGAGAAGCAUUUCUCGUUAACAGUGAUCUCACGUUACGAGCACAACUCACCGAGUUCCGUGAUCACAAACUCGUCAAGUCAAAAAAGAGUUAUGAUGGUGCUGAGCACUUGAAUAUUCCAAUAGACACAACCACACUGAUCGAGUUUGUGGAACAACAUGAAAAUAGUUGAUGUCGAGUCUGCACUAUACCUGCAGUUGUCAAGUUUAAUUUAUUGUAACUGCAUUGUAAUGAGGGGCAGAAUUCAGCUCAGUGGGUUGAGUGCUCGCUUGAGGUGCUUGCAUCGUAGGAUCAAACUGCAGUGGAUCCAUUCAGCUGAUUGGGUUUUUCUCGUUCCAACCAGUGCACCACAACUGGAUAAAGGCC